AGCAGUUAACAAUAACCCUCUGCAUCAAAUCACGUCUUGUUACUCUUGAUACAUCUCAGCAGAAUCACCCAUCACAACCUCGGACUUCAACAUGGUGAUAACCACCGGUGAACUCGUCCUUGGCCUCCUCGUGGCCCUAGGCUGCGGAGCAGGUAUCGGCUUUGGGGUCUUUAAAGUUCUUGAAGUUCGAAAAGAGCGUACGCGAAAUCAGCUUCCAACGUCCAUGCCUAGACAACCACCUCCUAGCCCGGCUGCAUCUUCAAUAGCUCUCAGUCACAUGCCACGACAUGGUGUUCCAUCACACCAUGCCGGGAGCCAACCGGACGCCGGCGUCGCCGGGUACAGACCUUGAGCAGAUACAUUAGGACGAUUACGGCGUCGUAUACAGGACGCUGGCUAAUUGAGUGCAUGGCCAUGGAGAUGUAUAAUGGAACCAGGCGGUGUUUCUGAGCCUCAGGAGUACCAUGAAACCAGA